AACGCUUUUCUAAAAGAAAUAUCGAAGGAAAAAAUGAAAAUCAAUCAAGGUUUAUCCUAUAACGUUAGCUCGCCGGAGUUUACAGAUUUAUUGACUCCAUGGCAAGGAGUACUUGCUGUAAGUAUUUUUGCUCCAAUCCUUGUACUGGUAAUUUAAGGUUCUGAAAAAAGCAGUGAGUAUGAAAAAUGUUUUCAGUUGAAUCAAAAUUCUGUUUAGCUUGAUUGUCAUAGAGAACUCAGAGAUGCUGGUGAUUACUGCAAAUGCUGGAACGAGCGUAUUUAAUUUUGACAGAAAUGGAAUUUGUGCUUUCUACUGUACCCACAAACCGUUUACUCGGGUGUCUGGGUUUUUAAUUUCUGGGGCACCCAAUUUAGCUGUCCGUUUGAACAAAAAGAAUGAGAAGAAGGGGUUAUGGAUGGUUGGUACAAGUGUGCUUAUCUAUGGGACCUGUAAUGCUCUGUCGAAGAGGGAGUCUGAUGAUAGAUUGGUCUCCGGUGGUGGCGGUGGCGGCGGCGGCGGUGGCAGCGGUGUUGGGAUACUUGAGGAGGAGUUAGAAUUUCAGCCAGCUUUUGAUGACUAUUUGAAAGCUAUGGAGUCUAUUAAAUCUGUUGAAGAGAAGAAGCAUACCCUUAAAUGGAGUAGGCAUAAGCUGAAGAAUGAAUCAAAGGGAAGGGAAGCAUCAAAAGGAGAUAAAAACAUGGAGUUGAAGUCUAGGGAACUUUUAGAUGAGGAAAGGAGGUGCAAAAUGGAAAAAUGUAAUGAACCAAACAGAAAAGGUGCAGGAGCUAAUAGCCGAGAAGGUAGAUUAAAUUAUUCCUACAAGGAGAAGGAUGUGGCAGAAUCAAAGGAUAGAUUGAAUGUAAAACAUGGCAGCUUUAAUGCAAAAGAAAGGUGGAAGCCAGGAGGUAAGAGAAAGGGUGGAAGAUUGUCAGUUAACCAAACUGGUACCAUAGAAUCAAAUAUUGAUGACUUCAACUUGAUUGAGAGUACAAAGGUUACAAAUGCACGAGAAAGCUUUGAGGUGUUGAAUGGUGUUAGUGAUGAAAGUACAUAUGGUGUGUUUGAGCAAGGUAUAGAAGACCCCUCUGAGGUGUUUGGAAAGAAUGAGAAAGCCUCUGAGGGGAAGAAAGGUCUUGGUGACAAACAUUCUCAUCCUGUAAAUGGUAGCUUCCAACUUGAGAAAGUUGGUGAUGGUUUAAUGUUGCAGCAAGGAGGAAAGUUAGCUAGAAGCAGGAAGACACUUCUUGAAGGUGUUAAUAAUAGUUUGGAUGUGGAAAGAGCUGCCUUCAAGAAUUUUGAAGAAUCUGAUGAUGUAGUGGACAAGCCAAGAGUUUCACGGAAGGAAAUGGAGGAGAGAAUCCAAAAAUUAGCAAAGCGGUUGAAUGCUGCAGAUGUGGAUAUGCCUGAGUGGUCAUUCUCUAAGAUGAUGCGAAGCGCAAGAAUCAGAUUUUCAGAUCAUUCUAUCUUGAGGGUGAUCCAGAUUUUGGGUAAACUGGGAAACUGGAGGCGGGUACUUCAAGUGAUUGAGUGGCUACAGUUGCGUGAGCGCUUCAAAUCCUAUAGACUCAGAUACAUUUACACAACUGCACUUCAUGUACUUGGAAAGGCAAGGAGACCUGUUGAAGCUCUUAACAUAUUUCAUACAAUGCAGCAACAAAUGUCCUCGUACCCUGACAUGGUCGCUUAUCAUUCUAUUGCUGUCACUCUUGGACAAGCAGGGCAUUUGAAAGAACUUUUUGGUGUGAUUGAUACCAUGCAAUCUCCUCCCAAGAAGAACUUCAAAUCUGAGGUAGUUGGGAACUGGGACCCACAACUGGAACCUGAUAUUGUGGUCUAUAAUGCGGUCCUAAAUGCUUGUGCUCAGCGGAAACAGUGGGAGGGAGCAUUUUGGGUUUUGCAACAUAUGAAGCAACGGGGUCAAUGGCCAUCAACUACAACAUAUGGACUCAUCAUGGAGGUUAUGUUUGCUUGUGGCAAAUAUAACUUAGUUCACGAGUUUUUUAGAAAAAUCCAGAAAUCUUCAGUGCCAAAUGCUCUGGCAUAUAGAGUUCUUGUGAAUACUCUCUGGAAGGAAAGUAAGAUAGAUGAGGCCAUAUUGGCCAUCCAAGAUAUGGAAAGACGAGGAAUUGUAGGCUCUGCUGCUAUUUAUUACGAUCUUGCUCGCUGUCUUUGUAGUGCUGGAAGAUGCCAAGAAGCACUAAUUCAGGUUGAAAAAAUAUGCAAGGUUGCUAAUAAACCUUUAGUGGUUACUUAUACUGGUUUAAUUCAAGCCUGCCUGGACUCUGGAAACAUUCAAAACGCAACAUACAUCUUAAACCAAAUGAAGGACUUUUGCUCCCCAAACCUUGUUACUUGUAACAUAAUGCUGAAAGCUUAUGUAGAACAUGGAUUAUUCUAUGAAGCAAAAGAACUAUUUGAGAAAAUGUCAGAAGAUGGCAAUCAUAUCAACAGAAGAUCUGAUUACAAGCAUAGAGUAUUACCCGAUAUCUAUACAUUCAAUGUCAUGUUAGGUGCAUGUGCUCAAGAGAAGAGGUGGGAUGACUUUGUCUAUAUCUAUGGAAGGAUGUUGAACCAUGGUUUUCACUUCAAUGCAAAACAUCACCUCCAGAUAUUACUCAAUGCCACCAGAGCUGGAAAGGGAGAGCUACUGGAAACAACUUGGGAGCAUUUAACUCAAGCCAAUAGAAUCCCUCCUCCUGCCCUUAUCAAAGAAAGGUUUUGUAUGAAACUGGAGAAAGCUGACUAUGUUUCUGCUCUCUCCUGCAUUAUCAGUCUUCCUUUGAAGGAGUUGCAGGUGUUUUCCAAGUCAGAAUGGUUAAAUUUAUUCAAGAGCAAUUCCCAACGUAUAGGAGAGGACACCAUCCUUCAAUUAAUUGAAGAGGCAAACUUAAUUAUUGCCAGAUGUGAUUCGCCGAACCCCUCUUUACAGAAUCUUUUAAUGUCUUGUGAAGAAUUUUUGACAAUUCAAGCCACAGUUCCUAGAACCAUUCUACAAUGUACUCGGUAGUGUCUGAACAAUUCAAUGUAGUAAAACUUCAUUGUCUUGAAUGGAUGUGCAUUUCUUGAUUUCUUUCUUUAUUAUUAGACUGCUUGACAGGGUUCCAACGAGUUACAGUUAUCAGUUCCUUUCCCUCAAAAUUAUUUGUUCACGUUAAGUGGCUAAAUUAGAGUUAAAAAGUCUUAGUACAACCAUUUAUUUAUGAAUCUAAGUAGUCAGCAUCUUUUCAAGUUGGGGGAGUUGGUGAUAAAGAAACAGGAAAAAUAGAGACAUGACGUUUAA